AUGCCUUCCGCCGGGCUGAAGAUCCGCGAUAUCGCGCCGACGAUCACCACCUUCUCCACGCCAUUCAACCGCUUCGCGCCGUUCGGGUAUCGCAGAUUCGUUGCGGUAGGCAAUCGAGCCACAGCCAUCCGACUACACGACAAUCGAAUACUGCUUCUCAAUCCCAUACAGUUGGAGGACGCGGUGCGCGACAAGCUUGAUCGACUGGGCGGCGUCCACCUCAUUGCGAGUGACCUGGGCCAUCACAUGUACGUCAAAGACUACGUCGAUGCAUGGCCAGAGGCAAAGACUAUCGGAGUUCCGGGACUAGAUAGCAUGAGAAAGGACGUGAAUUGGAAUUAUAUCUAUAAAGACUGGCGGACAAGUCCGGAAGACCAGUUCGACUUUGCGCAAGACUUCGAGACCGUGCUAUUCGAGGGUUUCAUUACAUACUGUGUCGCUUGGUACCAUAAGCCAACCAAGACAUUGAUACAGUCAGAUCUCAUGAUGAACCUGCCAUGUACAGAGCAAUACCAUCCCAGCUCGUCAGACCAAGGUCCGCUAUCGCGCGAGUUUGCGAAGCGCGCACAUCCUCGAUCGAUAUGGGCGAAGCGCCUCGUGUACUACAUAGCGACUGUUGACUACACUUUGAUGCGACGCGAUGCGAAGAAGGUCGCGGAAUGGCAGAUUGACCGAAUAAUUCCAUGCCAUGGCGACGUUCUCGAGAGUGGCGGAAACGAAGCUUGGUCAUCGGUGUAUGGGUGGUUUUUGAAGGGCACAGCCAAGCCAAGUGUGAUGAAGAGGCUCAUGAAUCCCAUCAUGAAAUUUGCGAGGAAAGUGUUUCUGAUGUGA